AUGGGCAAAAGGGUUAACAAAUCGUCCAAAAGCAGAGAUGCCGAAUCCGAUUCGAAAGGUGAAACAGCUAAUUUAUUAAGAUCGUGGAUAAAUAAGCGCAACCAAAUUGUUUCAGAGUUGGAUCGAAUUUUAGAAUUUGUCAGGAAUUUUCCGUCUGGCAGCAAUAUCGGUUUAAUAAUCGCGCGAAGACCAAUCGCUCUUAACGCAAUUAACGAUUUCAAAGAAGUGCAAUUUAAAAUCGAGGAAAAUGUUCCACCUGCAUUGCUUGACGAUGAGGUAGACCACCGGAUUAAUUUCGAGGCAAGAUAUUACGAAACUAUAGCCGAAAUUGAUACGAUUAUUAAAAACGAAGGCAAUUCGAAACAUACUAAUAUAAACAAUAAUGAAAAUCCAACUCCAAAAAUAACGCUUCCGGCAUUAAAGCUUCCGGAAUUUAGCGGAGCUUAUUCUGACUGGACUUCUUUCCGGGAUACUUUCAAAUCUGUUAUACAUGAGAAUUCGUCUUUAUCAAAUAUUGAGAAAUUCCAUUAUUUGAGGUCCACCUUGAAGGGAGAAGCUUUUCGAGCCAUCGAGUCGUUGUCCCCAGUAAAUGCCAAUUACGAAAUCGCGUGGGAUUUGUUAAACAAACGUUUUCAAAAUAAGAGACUAAUUGUACAUGAGCAUAUAAAAAACAUUUUAGAUGCCCCAGCCGUCACAAGGGCUAAUCAAGAAAAUUUGAGACAAUUGAGUGAUUCAUUAUGCGCCAACAUUGCAGCAUUAAAAGUUUUUGAAAUUCCGGUAGAUCAAUGGGAUUCUAUAUUAACCACCAUAAUUGUCGAUAAGCUUGAUUACCAAACAAAGCGUGAAUGGCAGUCAAAAUUAACAGAUGAUAUACCCAAAUUAGCGGAAUUAUUUAAGUUAAUAGAUGCGCGGUGUCAAAUUUUGGAAAGAUCCAUAAACACUACUAAUUUUAUGAGCUUAAGUACGUGCAAUACAAAUACGCUGCAAGCUUUAAAUGACCAAGUCUUAGAUUUUUUUCAAUUAGAGGGUCUUGCUGGAAGUCCUACUAACAAAAUACUCUCCCCCGAGGAGAAAUCUUGUGAAAAACAGUUUGUUGACAAACAUAAACGUACCGAUCGGGGAAAUUUUGUAGUAGACCUCCCCUUCAAAAAUAAGUCCAUAAUAACGAAAGCUCUUAAAAACAUAGAACUGAGACAUCAGUACAUCCAGUUCAUGAGAGAGUAUGAACAAUUAGGCCAUAUGCAACUAGUGUCUGACAUUAGCUCAGAAAAUUCCUAUUUUAUUCCUCAUCAUGCAGUCAUAAAAAAUACGACACAAGGAAAUAAACUUCGGGUAGUAUUCGAUGCAUCCAUGACAAGUUCUAACGGUCACAGUCUAAAUGAUAAUCUAUUAAUCGGACCUAACUUGCAACAGGAAUUAUUUUUAAUAUUAUUAAAGUUCAGAACGUACAAGUAUGUUAUUAGUGCGGACAUUGAAAAGAUGUAUCGUCAAAUUUUCUUAACUGAAAAUCAUCAACAAUUUCAAAGAAUAUUUUGGCGUGAAAAUGUAAGUGACCCUCUCCAAAUUUAUCAAUUAAAAACAGUGACGUACGGGACAGCGUCAGCGCCAUAUCUUGCGAUGCGGUGCUUAAAACAAUUAGCACUAGAAAAUAUGAAUGUACUACCUGUAGCUGCGUCAAAUAUUUUGAAUAACUUUUAUAUGGAUGACUUAAUUUGUGGUUCAAGUACAUUGGAAGAAGCGCUUGCACUUCGCGACGACAUCAUUCAGAUCUUAAAUCAAGGUAAUUUCAAAUUACACAAAUGGGCUUCAAAUGAACCAACAUUAUUACCAGAAACUGACAUAAAGGCUUCUGUUAAUUUUUCUAGCGACACUGAUACAAAAACUUUAGGGUUAAUUUGGAAUUGCCACAAAGAUCAACUGAAGUAUAACUUAGCGUUAAACAGGCUACCCAGCAAAACUACAAAACGCACUAUUUUGGCCACAGUGGCUACAAUUUUCGAUCCAUUAGGUCUUAUCACUCCAGUAAUUUUAAAGGCUAAAUUACUUCUGCAAUCUUUAUGGGCCGCGCAAAUUGGUUGGGAUGACCCAAUUCCUAGUGAUCUAGAAUAUCAUUGGAACCAAUUUCUGAUUAAUUUACCUGAUGUCAAGAAUAUUGAAAUCUCACGUCAUAUUUUUAGAAAUGACACACCGAAUAUCGUUGAAUUGCAUGGCUUCGCAGAUGCGAGUACUAAGGGUUUUGGAGCCGCCAUUUAUAUUAAAACAAUUUUAUCAAGUACUGAAACACAUACUCAAUUAUUAUGUGCAAAAAGUAGAGUAGCCCCACUCAAAACUAUAUCGCUGCCUAGAUUGGAGCUUUCAGCAGCUUUACUAUUAGCGCGAUUAAUAAGUAAAAUUCUGCCUGAACUAAAUUUAAAAAUUAAUAAGUGUUUUUUGUGGACCGAUUCAACAAUCGUGUUAAACUGGAUUGCGGCUUCACCACAUAAUUGGCAAACUUUCGUGGCGAAUAGGGUGUCAGAAAUUCAAACUUUAACAUCCGGUCAUAAUUGGCGCCACAUAAAUGGUGCCGAUAACCCUGCAGAUCUGAUUACUAGAGGUUUAUUUCCUAAACAACUCAUUGAUUGCAAAUUGUGGUGGUUUGGUCCCGAAUGGCUCUCAAAACCACCUACGGACUGGCCACAGACAAUCAUCGACUUAGGAACUGAAGUUCCAGAAAGACAAAAAACAUUAAUUACUUCCAUCUGUACUACUUUUAAAUCGGAUUUAUUAAUCAGAUUUUCAAAUUUUACCAAGCUUAAAAGAACUGUUGCAUGGAUCAAGCGUUUUGUAAGUAACUGUAGAAACAAAAGACUUAACAAAGAAUUAAAGUCGGGUUUACUAACCAUAGAAGAAUUGGACGAUGCCAACCGCGUAAUUAUAACGUUAGUUCAACGUGAAUCUUUUCAAAAAGAAAUUGCUAUUUUAAAAUCGGGUAAAGAAUUGCCAACAAACAACUCGUUACUCUGCUUAAGUCCGUUUUUAGACUCUAAUAACAUUUUAAGAGUCGGUGGUAAAUUACGUAAUGCCGUUCUUGCUUAUGACAGAAAGCAUCAGAUUAUUUUGCCAAAGAAACAUUACUUCACGGAGCUAUUAAUUCGUCAAUAUCAUGUCGCUCACUUACAUGCGGGGGCCCAGGCCACACUAACCGCGUUGAGACAAAUUUAUUGGCCCAUCGCUGGACGGGAUGCAGUCAGAUUCAUCCUCAGAAAAUGUAUUAAUUGUUUUAAAGUAAAACCCAAAAUUAAUUCUGAAAAAAUGGGCGAUCUACCGGCGGUGCGUCUGCAACAGUACCGGCCUUUUUUAAAAUGCGGUGUCGAUCUUUGUGGUCCGAUCAUCAUAAAGGAUGGCCGUGGUAGAAAACCGAAACACGUUAAAGUGUACAUAGCGUUAUUUGUUUGCCUCAGCACCAAAGCCGUGCAUCUGGAACUUAUUUCUGAUCUUUCAACCGAAGGUUUUUUAAAUGCGCUAAGACGAUUUAUUUCGCGACGUGGUACUGUUAGUGAAAUUUAUUCAGAUAAUGCUACCAAUUUCGUAGGCAGCGACCGAAAACUAAAGCAAAUCUUUAGAAAUGCUUUAAACAAAGAAACAUUAAAGUCAAAUUUGGCAAACAUGAAAGUAAAAUGGUGUUUUAUUCCCCCCAAAACGCCCAACUUUGGAGGAAUUUGGGAAGCCAAUAUCAAAUCGGCAAAAUUACAUUUAAAAAAGACAAUUGGUGAUACAAUUUUGAAUUAUGAGGAAAUGCACACACUACUUGUCAGAAUUGAGGCUUGUCUUAAUUCGCGCCCACUGCUCCCCUUGACCAAUGAUCCAAACGAUCUUUAUCCUCUAACACCUGGCCACUUUUUGAUUGGGGCUCCGUUAACUGCCCCCGUAGAAGAAGAUCUCGAGUCUACAAAGCUAAACCGGCUAACACGGUGGCAGCAUGUCGAAAAAAUGCGGCAACAUUUUUGGCGAAGGUGGCAGAGAGAAUAUGUGUCGCAACUACAACAGAGGUCCAAGUGGCGAGUUAAGGGGCCCUCUUCCGUGAAACCGGGCAUUUUAGUCCUCCUUGUGGAAGAUGACGCACCACCUCUUCACUGGCCGCUUGGCCGGGUCCAGGAUGUCCACCCAGGAAAGGACGGCGUCGUCCGCGUAGUGACGGUAAAAACUUCAAAGGGUGUCUACAAACGCGAUGUGUCCAAAGUGUGUGCGCUGCCAAUAGAUGGCCAAUAA